AUGGAAGACAUACAAGCGCACAGGCACCAACAGCUGCAGCAACAGCUGCAGCAGCAACGGCAACAGCUGCAGCAGCAAAAGCCACAGCAGCAGCAGCAGCAACAGCAGCGGCUCCUCUGUUGGGACGCAGAAAGCACAGAGAAUUGCCAGGGAAGAGAAGCAGGUGGCCUGUGCAGCAGCAGCAGCAGCAGCAGCAUAACAAGAGCUGCUGCUGCGAAAACAAAGCAACAGCUGCUGCGGCAGCAGCAGCAGCUGCUGCUGCUGCUGCUGCUGGUUGUGGCAGCCCCUCAUAUUGCUUGCGUCUAG